AUAAAUGUGAUUUUUCCAUGUUUGUCACAUCUGACUGAAAAUAUUAUCCACUUGUAUCCAAAGGCCCCUGUAGUCCCACUAUAUUUAAAGAUGCAAAGGUUUUAUAAAGCUAAACUACUGAUAAUAGAUAUUGUAAUGUAGAACUGACAUCCUUUUUAAUUAGGCAUGAAACUCUUAUUUGCGGGUAUGAUAUAAUUACUGGGUUCACUUCUUGGUCCUUGAAUAUUUUUAAUAGUGCACUGUACAGAAUGUUCUGAUUUUGGUUAAACUGUAAAACAAUAAACAUAGAUCUACUUCACUAACCUCAUUGCACAAUGCUUUAUGAAUUAUAAAAUCACAUUUAUCCAUUGACAGAAAGAUAUUGUGCUUUAACAGGAAGAUAAGUACCUAGCCUGUUUUGACCAGAAGACUUUCCAAAUAAGCAGCUUAUCUACUUGUUCCUUAGCCUUCAGAAACACCAAAUUGUGCCAUUCAAUCAAAAUUAUGGGAUUAUUUGAUAAACUGGCAAGUUGGCUCGGUCUGAAAAAGAAAGAAGUUCAUGUUCUGUGCCUUGGAUUAGACAACAGUGGUAAAACAACAAUUAUCAACAAGUUAAAACCAUAUAAUGCUCAAGCUCAAGAUAUUGUUCCUACAAUAGGAUUCAGUAUAGAGAAAUUCAAAACAUCAAGUUUAUCAUUCACUGUGUUUGAUAUGUCAGGUCAAGGUAGAUACAGAAAUCUCUGGGAACAUUAUUACAAAGAUUGUCAGGCCAUUAUUUUUGUCAUUGACAGCAGUGACAUACUAAGAAUGGUUGUGGCCAAGGAAGAACUUGACACUCUCUUGGCUCAUCCAGAUCUUAAACAUCGCCGAAUACCAAUUCUGUUCUUUGCAAAUAAGAUGGAUCUUAGAGAUGCUGUUUCCUCUGUUAAAGUCUCUCAUUUACUGACAUUAGAGAACAUCAAAGACAAGCCAUGGCAAAUCUGUGCUAGUGAUGCUCUUAAAGGAGAAGGAUUGCAAGAAGGUGUGGACUGGCUCCAAGAUCAAAUUACACAAUCAGAUCCAAAUAAUGAAGACAUGACAAGUUAAUGAACUAAUGGAAAUGUUAAAGAUAAUUUAUAGGUACUGAAGGCCUUAGACAAAAACUUUAGGCCUGUGUGUUUUCUUGUGUUGGUUUUCAUAAAAGCCUUUAAAAAUAAAAUAGUAUUUUUGCUAAUAGUUCAUAAUGGCCAUAAUGUGACCAGAGAUUUAGGUGUGGUCAAAUAAAACAAUGAAGUAAUUGUAUAUUAUUCAAAAACCUUUGGUAUAAUUUAUUUAAUUUUUAGUUAGAUACCUUAGGGAAAUGCAUAUUGUUAUCUUAACAAAAAUGAUUUCUGAAAAGCUUUGCAUAGUGUCUUACAUUCAAAACUUCACAAUGGCCAUGUUUCUUCCUGAACUAAAAUUAGAUUUAAAUUUAAUAGUCACAAGAAAGAAAAAAUGCUAUAAAACUUAAGCUAGUGCACUUCUUGUUCUUUCAAACUUUUUUUUCCUGCAGCUGGGAAGACUAUUUUUGUCACUUUUCUUCCCCAUCCCUCAUUUUUUAUAUCAUCAUGUUGUAUUGUCUAGCCCACAGAUCAUAGUUUAUCCUAACUCUUGUGUAUAAAAUAAUUUCAAACCAUAGUUUUAAAUUUGACUUUAUAAACCUGUUUUAUAUAACAAAGCAUUGGGAAAGAAGAUAAUUAAGAGUUAAGAAAAAAAAAUGGAAGGUUAUUUUUCCAAACAGAUAAGAAGAUGACAGGUGUACAGGCACCAAGCUAGACUGUUUUGCUCCAAACGAAAUCAGUGGGUUUUUUUUCCAAAAUAUUCAGUUUUCUCUAAGAAUAAUCUUUUCUUCUGGAAUAGGCUGAUCCACACAUUGCAAGGAGCUUUUUACAUGUCUGGAACUGUAAUCUAAAAAGUGUGGUAUUCUGGAUGAUACACUUCUGAAAAGGCACUAACGAUUUGAAUCAACCCCUUAGGCUAAGGAAAUUGAACAUUCCUAAACCAGACUGUUCUAUUUUGCAUACUUCUACUCCCAUAACACUCGUAGACAUCUUGCAUGUCUUAGUAGACCAUGAUUAUCAUGUAAAACAGCCCACUGCAAUAGAAUUUGGUAUAAGUUUAGCUUGCACAGAAAUCAGCUAUGCCAUACAAGGUUUAGUUAGAUGUGAAUUGUGAUUUUACAAGUUAUUUGGAUGCUUAUGAUGUGCUAUUUAUGUGCUAAAUUGUAUUGUUUUCUGUAAUAGCUAAAAUAUUUUGAUAAAUAAAGUACAUAACUGACAUAA